GUUGACUCUUCGUAAAAUCGUGUCGGCUGUGUUGGCAGCCCUAAUCCCCUGCCUUUUCAGUCACAGAAGUUGUAAUUUUGGUUCCUGAUGGACUCAUUUUGCUUUGCUUUCAUUGAACAUCGUGUUACUGUCUUUUGGAAUUCUUUUGGACACUGUCAUGGACCGUGGACCCCAGUCUGUCUUUCAGACAUGACUUCUGCCAUAACUAACCGCGCUACAAGCCUUUUGAUAUUUUUAAGCAUCGUUCAAGGAACUCAAAGUGUCCUCAUAGAACACAAAACAGAGGUGAAUGCAUCAGUUGGACAGAACAUAAGCCUGCCAUGUAUCCUGUCCAAAGAGCAGACAAAAAUCAUCCAGUUACAAUGGCAUAAAAUGGGAGAACAAGAAGAGCAGAAAUUAGUGGUGUUUAAUCCUGCUUAUUCUCCUAUUUAUUAUGGGAAUGUUGAACUAGAGGUUGUAAAUAAAACAAGCAGCACAGAGCUGCGAGGCACCAUCUUGCAUUUGCACAAUGUUACAGUGAAGGAUAGUGGAGACUACGUUUGUGAUAUCGCUACAUUUCCUGAUGGCAGCAUCAAAAGCUUCACAAAGGUUCGAGUAACAGUGGCAACUGUUUCAAUGGAAGUCAUGCCCCCUGACAGGACUGUAGUAGAAGGAGACACAGUGAACAUUACAUGUGUCUGUGAUCCUGCACCUGACAAGUACAUGUUAUUAUCCCCCCUGAGUCAUCCAAUAAUGGAAAGUCAGGAUGGAAUAUUUACCAUUCAGAGCAUUCAACGUUCCAACAGUGACCUGAUCUGUCAGCCUUUCUGGGUCUCAUCACAUCAACACUUACAAAGUCUCAAAGCAACUGUGCACCUUACUGUUGACUUUCUUGACAACAUAGACUGUAAUUCCAACAGCCAGAUACAAGUGGAGACUGGGACAAAUCUGACGAUUGCCUGUGAAGCAAAGUCUUCCAAGUCCUUGGAUUUUAUCUGGAUGAAGGGCAACAUGAUAGUGUCCACCAAUGCCACUCUAAACUUGUGCUCAGUGAGUCCUGUUCAGUCUGGAAAUUACACUCUGAUUGUUCAUGCUGAAAAUCAUAGUCGUCUACACAGACAGAAGGAUUUUACAGUUACUGUUAUAAACAGCAUUCCCACAGCACAUCUGAGCAGCACCAUGACAAUGGAAACAACACCACAGAUAAGCAGCACAACUGUGACCACACCAGAACCUAAUGUUACAAUGCCAACAUCACAACCACACCGUACCAACAGCAGUAGCGGUGCCACAUCUACAGAGGAAGUCAUGUAUAACAGCACCUCAGCGCCCUCUACUGGAACAGUCACCAUGGUGCAUGAAAACGUCACAACACCACACACAAGAGCCUUCACCACUUUCACACAGACCUCAGGUGAGGUCAGGACAGUUUCUGAAUUCUUUGAUAUAUCCAGCUCAGAAGUUACCAAAAAGAUUUUCAACUAUGUACACCCAGAUACCAGUACAAUCAUCUUAACAUCGGCUUCCGCAAUCAAAGCCACUGUGAGAAUUAACAAUGUAUUAACAACGAAAGUUACAAAACAAGAUUUAAGUACAACUAAGUCACAUGCAGUGUUUAUUAUUCCUUUUCUUCUCGUGUUGUCUCUGAUUGCCUUUCUUUACCGGCAAUAUUUCAUUCAGAAAAGGCUAGAUAUGCCACCCCCAUUCAAGCCCCCUCCUCCACCAGUGAAGUACAUAUCAGCAAGAAAUUAUGAUACACCAAUGACAGACAUUUUAGUAUGAUGACCUUACGAUGACCUUUAUUUCAGACGUGUACAUUCAAAUACAAUACCAAUGCAAAAGAAAUUGGGAUGCUGUGUAAAAUGUAAAUAAAAAUGGAAUUCAGUGAUUUGCAAAUCUAAUAACCCAAUAUGUUUUGUUCUGUGGAUGUGGCAGCAGGACAAUGUUUUUUUUUUUUUUAAUGACCCAGUGUGCUACAUAUAGGACUGUCAAAACUAAUGCGUAUUAAAAAGUUACGCAAAGGUAACGCAUUUCUUUUUGACCUUUUUUUAUAGAAAAUAUAAAAAUAUAAAAGAGGCUUAAUUAAAACCUUCAAUGCAACACACAUUUAUUCACGUCCUAUCUUUACUCAGAUAUAAAAAAAAAAAGGUAAACUACACUGAAAAGCAACCGGAACAAAAUUCUUACCAUAUUUAACAAUUAAAACAACCACUAAAUAAAAUUAAAAUAUAACUAUAGAAACAUAACAUCUCAAAUGAAGUUAAUAUGCAAAGAAUAAUUUGCAGAGUUUAAAAUAAAUAUAAAUAAAGUAAAUAAAUAUAAAAUAAUUAAUAACAAAGGGAGAGAUUUUGAGUGAAAUACUGGUAAAGUAUUAAUUUAAAGUAAAACUUGAACAGAUAAAAAUGUGAUUAAGUUGCAAUUAAUAAUUUAAUCGAUUUUUAAUUGAUAGUCCUAGUAAAUUAAUAAAUAUUAUAUAUAAUAUAUAAUAUAAAUAUUAUAUAAAUAUUAUAUAUAUAUUUAUUGGUAUAUACUAUAUAUACCAACCAGGCAAAACUUUAUGGUCAUCGAUCAGGCAUAACAUUAUGACCACCUGCCUAAUAUUGUUUUGGUCCCCUUUUGCUGCCAAAACAGUCCUGACCCACCAAGCAUUAAUAGCAUUAACUACUUCAUUAAUUAAUUCAUUUAAUUCAAUUCACCACUUUUGAUAGUUACUGACCACUGCAGACUGGGAACCCCACAGCAGCUGCAGUUUUGAAGAAGCUCUCACCCAGUCGUCUAGCCAUCGCAAUUUGGCCCAAAUUCAAACUCGCUCAAAUCCGUAUGCUUUCUGGCCUAAAGGGGAGUUAAACAAUUCACCUUGUUAUCAGCAGUUAUUUUAAAAGUCUGCAUUUCUGAUUGUAUAGGGGUGCAUUAGUGCCUAUUGAAUGAACAGCCAGCAUCUGUAAAGGCACUAUCAAUUUUUAAAGGUAUAUACAGAUUUUAAAGCAACAAUUGAUUCCAUACAGAUGACGAUUUAUCAGGAAUAUAUUACAGCAUGGCUUCAUAGUAGAAGAGUCUUGGCCUGCCAGUCCGAAUCUCACCAAUUAAAAACAUUUGUCACAUCAUUAAACAAAAAAAACACAACAUAGAAAACCCAUGACUAGAAUCCUGUAUCAGACCUGUCCUAACUUUUAUUUCAGACAUGCUGUGUCCAUCUAAUUAAAAAUUACCUUAUUUGAUUUCUUAAAAUGGUACAUUUCUUUAGGGUAAGUUUAUUGGAUAAUGCAUUAAUGAAAACAAAUCCAAAAGGGCAAGCUAAAAAACAAUAAUACUAUGGUAUACAAACAGUCCAAUCUAAACUAGACAGAGGCUGAAUCGUUUAAAUAUAAAUUUUAGAGCUGUAAAUAUUGUGCAUGAAGUCACACAAAGACUGGGGUACUAGGAAUGAUUGUAAAUAUUGUAUUUUUCUUAUUUUGUAUAAUAAAGGCCUCAGUAUUGAACGCUUUUGUGGUA